AGUAUGUUUUGGUACAGUUAAACAAGCAGGUACGGUGAAAACAGUCCCUGGUACAAUUGGUUAUAAUAAUAAUUGUUUCCAUUACACCAAUCUCGCUACAUGCUGUUGACCAUUGUGAAUAUAUUGAAAGCACAAAAAUUCAACAAAAAUGUACAAUCUAAUCGCUAGUGUCAGAACCAACUAAAAAACAGAGUACUACAAGACGGGCCUGGAGAAAAUUCUGAACGUCAACCGAAAUAAUUCAAGUUUAAAAACAAAGUUAAUGCAUAAUAAGUAGUAAACUCGCGCUUUUUUGAAACGCGCACUAAUACUUUACUGUUCAAAGGAGCUCUCUGUCUAACAUCGUUAGUGUAUUGGUUGAGUUUAAUUAGUACUGAAAAACUAGCGAAAAUACAUCAGAACAUGUUAAAAGGAUAUCUCAAAGGUGUUGUAGACCUAGUGAACAAUCUAACUGAACCAGCUGGUUCAGACGAAAAUCUAACUUCUGGUGAUACUCCGGAAGUUCUUGGGGAAGGAUUUAAAGAUCAGGAUAACGGUAGUUCCAAUAGACCACGAACACUUAAUUCUGUGCCCAACUCACAGAGCGUUGACAAUUCGGAAUCAAGUAGUGUACUUAGUUGGAUUGGAAGUUUAAUAGCAGCCAAUGGUGAGAACUCCAUGUUGUUCUAUGUGGACUCUCUUGCAUCUAUGGAGACAAAUCCAAAUGAUGAUAAUGAAAAACAAACUGAUCAGGAAUCUGAAAAAUCAUUAGUUAUAACCGAAGAUAUUUCGAAAAUUGAAGUACCUGAAGUGUCUAAAUCACAAGAAGAUAACAAAUUGAUAACGCAUAAUAUAAAUUGUGAUUGGACGGAUAAAUUUUCAGUCAAAACUUCACAUGUUUGGGAACAGAUUAAAAAGGAUUUUAAUGAAGUUGUUCAUUCUGUCUCUGAACCAAAGGAUGUUGUAUAUCGUACUGCUUUUUCAGUUCGUGAUCGUAUCACAGCUGCUGCAAAUACAGUAAAGAACCUAAAUCCUAAUGAAUUUCUUUUGCCGGAUAAUGAAUCGGAAACUGAUCAACAGUUUACAAAGAAGGGAAAUAUCGUUGAUGAUGACUUGACGGCCUUACCACCGGCGUUGCCUAGCUUCACGAAUAUUAAACAAGAUGUAUCCCAGUUGGUCGAUUCUUUAUAUAAUGGUAUAAUGUCGACUGGCACGUAUUUCGGUUUAAUAACUGGAGAAAAUCAAUGUAAAGAUAAAAGUAAACACCAAACUCGUCUUGAUUUACUUAGAGCAGAUCCUGCAACAUAUGAAUUGGAACCACCAAUGCCUCCAGCAUCGUCUGGUAUACAUUCAUAUCAUGAUUGGAGAUCAGCGUAUUUUGAUGAAGAUAAUUGUCAACCAAUGAAUGGUGUCCUGUUAGCAAAUGCUAAAAGUCAUGAAUAUAGUAAUGUUCCAAUUGAAGAACUUACACAAGCACCACAUCCUAGUCCUGAAGAAUUAUUGGAUUCAUAUCCUUUUAUGCGAACAUAUUUAACUCAACUUGUUCAUCCAGAUGGUAAAAUUAAUGAUAAAUCUAUGAGUGAUGCUGAUUUCUGGUCAAGGUAUUACUAUCGUGUAUGGUUAUUGGAUUCAACUGAAUUUCAUAGAAGAAAACUUAAUGAACGAGUAGAAUUCGUCUCAACUGUCAAGCAAACCAUACCGAAUGAACCUACUCGGUAUGCUAACGAUACCAAUGAAACCUGUAAAAAUCUAAAUGUUACUCAAGAUGAUGAAUGGCCAGAUAGUGAUGAUCAUACAACCGUGGAGAAUGAAUCAGAAAUUUCAAAUGAUGAAUUCAUUACAAAAUACUGUAAUAAUGAUACUACUAUUACUAGUACCAGAAGUGAUUCGCAAUGCAGUAGUAGAUCUUUCAAUCAAAACAAUAGCAUUGAAAAGAAAAUCCGCCGUAAUAGUGAUAGUAGUAGUAGUAAUAAUAAUGAUAAUGAGAAAUCAAAUCACGAAAGCAAGUCUAAAAGAAAACAUAGUUACAGAAAACCAUUGAAUAAAAGCAAACACUUGAGGAAGUUAAGUUGUAACAAGAAAGAAAACUUGUCGGAUAGUCUUAAACCGGACAAUAUAAAAGUCGAAUGUUCAUCUACUCUACCGACAGAAGACCAAAAUCCAACAAAUGUCUUGUCAGAUUUUGAAGAAAUGACAUCUGGUUUAUCAUCAGUUGUGAUACUUGCAGAUGAAAUGGAAAAUGAUGAAAUGACAACUGCAAAAGCAUUUACAACAGAUAAAUCAACCGUCCAUUCUUCUGAAAGGUCUACUAUUGAAUAUAAGGCAUCAAUUUCUGAUGAUGAAGCUUGGAGUGAUUCUGAAAAUGAACGUAAAAAUUACUCACUGGAUAAAACCAAUAAGAAGUCCACUGAAACUAAUAAUAAUAAAGACGAGGCCGUCACAAUUAAGAAUUCUGAGCUACAAUUAACUGAUGAGAUUGAUGAUUGGGAGAAUUGGUCAUAAAAAUAUAAUUAAUCCCAUAAUUAUUACAUUGCUUGUUAGUUGCAGUGAUUCAUACUAUUAUUAACUAAUUUUGUUGUUUCUUUUUAUUGUAAACUGACAUUAAUCUGUGUGAUAGAUAACAAUAGUGACUAUAGUAAUUAAUUAAAAAGCCAAUAAAAUAAUGUGAAGAGUCCGUUCUUUAUCACAAGAAUACUGACAACAAAAUAGCCUAAAACGACCCAUUAUUUUUAUGAAGCAUGGGUACAACUCUGUAACAGAUGAUGAUAAUGAUGUUUACGCUUACUAUAUUUUAGAAAUCUUGUUUAUUUUUUCAAUUGUACUUUUCUAUAUCUAACCAUAUGAAUGAUGACUUUUUUAUUUCUCAAACUUUGUCGUCUGCCAAAAGUUAUUGAUUUUGAAUUUAUUUUAUUAUUUUAGUGGUUGUAGUAAAUUGUCACUUUAUCGAGCUAUUACACCGUCAUCAUCAUAGUACUUAGAUGUCAUGAUUUUAUCCUUUGAGAAAUCUAUUUCAUCGAUCAAUUCUUUUUUUUCCAAAAAUAAAUUCUUUCUUACAAGCGAUUGAAAAUUAUUACAAAGAACAAUUGUUUGUUAAAUAGAAGUGUGAUUAGGUCGGUUGAUGCACUGUCAACUAUAUAUAUAUAUCGCCUUGCACAGUGUUGCACGUGGAUGUAGCGAUCACUUCUAUUAUAUGAAUAAAUUCAACAAUACACAGACAUUUACACUAAUAUUUUUCGACAGUAAAAUUGUUCAGAAAGGAAAAAUAGUUUAAAGGAAUAAAAUUGUGUUCUAUUUGUAUGGGUUUUUUAACAAGCAUCAUAUAUACGACCCCAUAAAAAAAGAUCAAUUAAUAAUUUUAUAAAUAAAUGCAAUAUUUAAAAGGGUAAAUAAAAGUUACAU